AUGUCCUUUUCCAACACAUCCACCGGCAAUGCGCCCGCCGACCCCUACACCAAGGCCAACGCCGACACCAAAGUCGACGGCCCGCAAAAGAUGAAGGACUUUACUGAAUUCGUCACGGCCAGCAAGUACGGCAUGCUGACGACCCACCAGUCGGGCUCCAGCCGGCUUGUUUCGCGCAGCAUGGCCCUCGCCGGCACCGAGAGCAACGGCAUCGACCUUGUCUUCCAGAUCAACACCGAGUCGGGCAAGACGGACGACGUGACGGGCGACCCCAACGUCAACGUGGCGUUUCUAGACGCCAAGGGCUCCUGGGCUUCGGUCGCCGGCAAGGCCGCCGUCGUCACGGAGCGGGACGAGGUCAAGAAGUACUACAGCCCCAUCCUCAAAGCCUGGCUUGGCGACCUUGGUGACGGCGUUCACGACGGCUCAGAAAAUGACCCCCGCAUCGGCCUCAUCAAGCUCCGGGCCGAGACGAUUACGCAUAAUGUGGCGCAGUACGGUGCCCUUAAGACGGCGGCCAAGGUGACGGCGGCGGCGGUCCAGGGAAAGACGGCCGAGGUUAACAGCUUGCGAUAUAUUUCCGAGGAUGAGCUGAAGGCAUGGAGAAGCCUCUAA